UCCAGGUCGUGCCUAAUGGAUGUAUGUGAAUGUUCAAAUGAACGCAAGUGUUACUGUCAAGCCGUGCAAGCAUAUGCUCGAGAAUGCGAGCGUCAGAAGGCCAAUAUUGACUUAAACUGGAGAGCAUUGACAGGCUGUGAAAAUGCACACUGUCCUAAAGGGGCAGUUUUUACAACGUGUGGGCCCCCGUGUAAACUGACAUGUCGGAAUUACAAAAGGAAAAAACCCUGCCAGAGACGCUGCAGACCAGGAUGUCAAUGUCCAGAUGGAACAGUUUACCAAAAACAUCAGUGCAUACCAGUAGAAAAGUGCCACUUGUAAUACCUUAGUGUUUUUCUUUUUUUUCUUCAAAACUUGGUGUCCUUAUCUAUAAGAGAUCGUUUUGAGUGUGAUAGUGGCGCUUCUGUGCGGUCAAAUUAGUUUUAAACCAAACUGGUUUGGGCUGGUUUUUGUCCGCAUUACGAACUCCUUAACUUAAAGCAUUGUUCUAAGUAUAUGUUUAGCCUAACUUAGAGUGACGAUUGUAUCAACGAACAUGGUCAAGUUACGAUACAAUACCCAUCAAAACGUAGAAAGAAAACAGUUUUUCUGUGUAAUGAUUUUUUGUACUUAUCAUCACCACCUGGUGUCGUAUCUUUAAAUAACUCUAUUA